UGGUGCAGCUACUUUGGAAGGCAGAUUGGCAGUUUCUUGCAAAACUAGACAAAUUCUUACCACACUGUCCAGCAGUCAUGCUCCUUAGUAUUCAUACAACGGAAUUGAAAGCUUAUGUCCAUGCAAAAACCUGUUCGUGGGUGUUUAUAGCAACUUCACUUAAUAAUUGAUCACACUUAGGAACAGCCGAGAUGCCCUUCAGUAGGUGAAUGUAUAAAUAAACUGUGCUUCUGCCCCUUGCUGCAAAACAGCAAGAGAAGGAAAUCAAGGAGCCACUCCUGCAAUUUACCAGAUAAGCCCAGCAGGGUCAGUAGAGUUCCCAGAAAAAAGCUGCAGCCAUCUGAGGAUAAACCCCGUCAAACAGCUUUUACCUUAAAGCCGACCUGAAAGAGGGAUUUCCGGUUACAAGUCAAUCUCGAUUUGUGAAAUGGACUGAGGCUGGAAGUUUAUCUACUUCUUUGUCCGAAUUCAAGACCAUUGGGAUGAUCUUAAGUGCGUGCAACUAGAUCCUAACUGCAGCUAUGAGUUCAGACGAGAAGGGCAUAUCCCCCGCCCAUAAAACAUCCACUCCCACCCAUAGAAGUGCCUCCUCUUCGACAUCCUCCCAAAGGGACAGUAGACAGAGUAUCCACAUACUGGAGAGGACUGCUUCCUCUGGAACCGAGCCCUCUGUCAGUCGGCAGUUGCUAGAACCGGAGCCAGUCCCCCUCUCCAAGGAAGCGGACAGUUGGGAAAUUAUAGAAGGGCUGAAAAUAGGUCAAACCAAUGUCCAGAGACCAGACAAACAUGAAGGCUUUAUGCUGAAGAAAAGAAAAUGGCCUUUGAAAGGCUGGCACAAGCGUUUUUUUGUCCUGGAUAAUGGAAUGUUAAAGUAUUCAAAGGCACCACUUGAUAUUCAAAAAGGGAAGGUCCACGGAAGCAUCGAUGUUGGACUCUCGGUCAUGUCCAUUAAAAAGAAAGCUCGGAGAAUAGACCUUGAUACAGAAGAGCACAUCUAUCAUUUGAAGGUGAAAUCGCAGGACUGGUUUGACGCAUGGGUCUCCAAACUGCGCCAUCAUCGACUGUAUCGGCAGAAUGAAAUUGUGAGAUCACCAAGAGAUGCCAGUUUUCACAUAUUUCCUUCAACCUCCACAGCUGAAUCCUCACCUGCUGCUAAUGUUUCCGUUGUAGAUGGGAAGAUGCAACCCAACAGCUGUCCAUGGCAGUCCCCUUUACCAAGCAGCAGCAGCCUCCCCGCCACCUGCACGACCGGCCAGAGGAAAGUGGCCGCCUGGUUACAGGACUCAGAGGAAAUGGACAGGUGUGCAGAAGACCUUGCACACUGCCAGUCAAAUCUUGUGGAACUUAGCAAGCUCCUGCAAAAUUUGGAAAUACUUCAGAGAACUCAGUCAGCACCAAACUUUACUGACAUGCAGGCUAACUGUGUAGAUAUUUCAAAGAAAGACAAGCGGGUCACAAGAAGAUGGAGAACAAAAAGUGUCAGCAAAGAUACAAAAAUACAACUGCAGGAAGGGCCAUCUGUGAAGGGGCAGUUCAGCACCACUCGGCGCCGGCAGAGGCUAGCGGCAGCAGUGGCUACAACAGUUCCUUUCAGUGCCACCAUGUCACCCGUCCGCUUGCACUCCUCCAACCCCAACCUAUGCGCAGAUAUUGAAUUUCAGACACCCCCUAGCCACCUCACGGACCCCCUGGAGAGCUCAACAGAUUACACGAAACUUCAGGAGGAAUUCUGUCUAAUUGCACAGAAAGUGCAUUCUCUGUUGAAGUCUGCAUUUAAUAGCAUAGCUAUAGAGAAGGAGAAGCUUAAGCAGAUGGUUUCUGAGCAGGAGCACAAUAAAGGCCACAGCACGCAGAUGGCACGGCUCCGACAGUCACUGUCUCAGAGCGAAGGAGCGAGCAAGCCCUGGGCACUCAACCAGAAUGCUGAACUAAGGAGUCGGUUGAGCAGAAUACAUUCAGAAUCUAUUAUUUGUGAUCAGGUUGUCAGUGUAAAUAUUAUUCCUAGCCCUGAUGAGGCUGGUGAGCAAAUCCACGUCAGUCUCCCCCUGUCACAGCAAGUCGCAAAUGAGAGCCGCCUCUCCAUGUCAGAGUCCGUGUCUGAGUUCUUUGAUGCCCAAGAGGUGCUCCUCUCAGCAAGCUCGUCCGAGAACGAGGCUUCAGACGACGAGUCUUACAUCAGUGAUGUGAGUGAUAAUAUCUCUGAAGACAACACCAGUGUCGCAGACAACAUUUCUCGGCAAAUCUUGAAUGGGGAGCUUACAGGAGGAGCCUUCCGAAAUGGACGUCGAACAUGCCUGCCAGCUCCCUGUCCAGACACCAGUAACAUUAACCUGUGGAAUAUCUUGAGGAACAACAUUGGUAAAGACCUGUCUAAAGUCUCUAUGCCCGUGGAGCUGAACGAGCCACUCAACACUCUGCAGCAUCUCUGCGAGGAAAUGGAAUACAGUGAGCUUCUGGACAAGGCUUCGGAAACCGAUGACCCCUAUGAGCGCAUGGUUCUUAUUGCUGCAUUUGCAGUUUCAGGAUAUUGCUCCACCUAUUUCAGAGCAGGAAGUAAGCCAUUCAACCCUGUCCUUGGGGAGACUUAUGAAUGCAUUAGAGAGGACAAGGGAUUCCGCUUUUUCUCAGAGCAGGUUAGCCAUCAUCCACCCAUUUCUGCCUGUCACUGUGAAUCCAAGAAUUUUGUGUUUUGGCAAGAUAUCAGAUGGAAAAACAAGUUCUGGGGGAAGUCGAUGGAAAUCCUGCCUGUGGGAACCCUGAACGUCAUGCUUCCGAAGUAUGGAGACUGCUACGUGUGGAAUAAGGUCACUACGUGCAUACACAACAUUCUCAGUGGAAGGAGAUGGAUCGAGCAUUAUGGAGAAGUAACCAUUAGAAAUACCAAAAGCAGUGUGUGCAUUUGCAAGCUCACAUUUGUCAAGGUGAAUUACUGGAAUAAUAAUGUGAAUGAAGUCCAGGGCGUUGUGAUGGACCAGGAGGGGAAGGCGGUGCACCGGCUGUUCGGGAAGUGGCACGAAGGGCUGUACUGCGGCGUGGCCCCCUCUGCAAAGUGCAUCUGGAGACCAGGUUCCUUGCCAACCAACUAUGAGCUCUACUAUGGCUUCACAAGGUUUGCUAUUGAGCUCAAUGAGUUGGAUCCUGUACUGAAAGAUCUCCUCCCACCGACAGAUGCCCGGUUCCGACCAGAUCAGAGAUUUUUGGAAGAAGGAAAUCUAGAAGCUGCAGCAGCAGAGAAGCAAAGGGUAGAGGAGCUCCAGAGAUCUCGAAGACGAUACAUGGAAGAAAACAACCUUGAGCAUAUACCAAGAUUUUUUAAAAAAGUGAUUGAUGCCAAUCAAAGAGAAGCCUGGGUUUCUAACGACACCUACUGGGAGCUGCGAAAGGACCCUGGGUUUAGCAAAGUAGACAGCCCCGUUCUGUGGUAACCUGGGAAUGUAGAGCUAGCCAACAUAUCCCGCUCUGAAUGAAUAAGUAACUAUGCACAAUUAUGUUUCUUAGAGCUCCGCGUGGUUUCUGGGUCGACUGAACACCGACCGUUUGCUUUUCUAUUCAUCUUUAUAACAGACGUUCAGAAGUGCAUUAGACAAAGCCCCUGGCCACUUUUGGAUCCUUUCUGUUUUGCUGCAACCAUAUUCCUUAAAAAAACAUCUACACCCUCCUUGAAAAGUGGAAUUAAAGGAGCAGAAUAUAAAAUCCAAAGUCUGAUGAGUUUAUGAAGAAAAACAAGCUGUAACUGGUGCUUAAAGCUGAUCCAGAGAGUUUAAAGCAAUGUGACAUAAACCACGAGUUGGGUCCUUUUUCCGGAAGCACCAUCCCCUCAUCGUCGGAGCUCCUGGGCCACGGCAUCCGGUCAGUUCAGAUCCGAGUGUGCCCGCUGGAUGUGGAGUGCCCGUGCUGGCCUGGUCAGUGAGACGAGAUGCUUCUCAGAGCCCGUUCCGUCUGUCCGCCAUUGUUCAUGCCUUAAGAAAUGCAAAGAUGUACAAUAAAUCGUUUUUUUUUAAUGUGUGCUCAUAGGUGUAUGUGAAGGACAGGUCUUUUGAAUCAUGGCAUGAUUCACUUCGUGGGAUCAGAACAGUUGGGAGUCUAACUUAAAUGGAUUGAAAAAGCAAAGUGUGCUUUCCUUUGACACUGCAGUCACCGUAUCAUAUAUCUGAAGGGCAAGGAAGAAACAGUGUGCUAGGUAGAUUUCUGUAUCCACAUUGCUUGUCCAGUUCCUGUCCUGCGUCCAGACAAUAAACCAUCCCUCCUCCACCUAACCUCACAGUGUGCCCUAGUAUUUGUCAAUGUCUGUAUUUGAUUUGAACACUUGGCAUCAGUGUUAAAAUCUUGGAAGGAAAUAACAGAGAGCUGAUGGGAUUUCUGGGUGGGCUUAGGAGUACUGUAAACAUAACUGUUCUUGAGUGAAGCACAAUGUAAUACUUGUUACUGUCCUAUGCCCAACCCACUGGCACCAGUGGGAAUCCCACUGGGAACGGAAGCAAGAAUGCUAGUAGCUAGCAGCCUAUUUGCGUUGCUUAAAUGAGUUCUAUGCAAAAUCAUAUUUUACAUUUUCAUCAAGUGAUUCUGUUAUGAUACGUGACCAUACAUUAAGCAUUUACCUUGCUGUUGGCAAGGAUGUGAGACUUAAUAAGUUUAUACAUUCCAACAAAAAGUGCGGGGGGGUUGGGGGGAGAAAUGCAUUUCACAUACUUCAGGGUUUGUUUUUCCUCCAGUAUACAGAGGCUUCUGUAGGUACUGCAUUGGUAUUCCUGAGUUUCUGCACGUAGACGACUACCUAAGUAAUUGUACGUUAAAAAAAAUCUCUCCAGAGAUGAAUUAUAAAAUUACAUACAUUUUAUUCUUAGGUUUUUAUUCUAGAUCCUUACCAUGAGGUUUGAAGUGUCAUUUUAAACUCUGAUAGUGAGGUUACUGACAUUUAACAUUUUGUUAGGAGGUGUUCAUUUCAGUGUUACUUCUCAGCAAAGCUUUCCUAAUAAUGGCUAAUCUGCUAUCAAAUCUACACUGCUCGUGAGAGCAGAAGGCAAACUCUGAAGUCUCCACUAGGUGGAGCAAAAUUUUAGUUGUCCAAAAACUCGUCCCUCCUUUGAUCCGGGGCCGCAUUAGGCAUGCAGUGUGCAUCCAUUUAGGGUGAAAUUUCACUCUCAAGUGCUCCAUCACCAGAGCCCUGUGUUCCAUCGCAGCAACACCCUGUCUAGGUUUCUCGAUGCCUUUUAAUUCCCAUUCUAAAUCUAUAGGUGACUCGCCCCGUGGUAGUAAAUUUCUUCCCUUGUUGUUGAUUGCUUUCCUGCUCAUUCAUCUUGGCUCCCUUUUCUCUGCAUUAGAAUUCUAUCAACUCCCUCAUAAAAGUCUGUUCUGCCCCAACUGAUAAAGCUUUAAAUACCAUUUAAAGCAGUGCUGGUCUCGACUUACUAACACUUCCCUGAACAGUCUCAAAAUAUUUCACUGAAAGAUACAGAAAACGUUUCUGCAAAGUAGAGGUAUUCUGAGUAGGUAAAUAGGAAGGUGAGGCAUCAGUUACCAAUGGACCUGUCAGUCAGGCAGCUGGGAGAGGACCCAGGAACCCUCAGGAAAGCAACUACUGUUUGGGCUGUAACUGAGAAAAAGAAUAACUGGUGGAGUGGACUUUUACUAGAUAAUGAGUUCAAGCUACAAAGUAGGUAAGUGAAUAUUUGUCAGCGCUCACCUGAAACUCUGGUUAGGAUUUUAAGAUGAGAAUGAGGAGGUCAAAUGAAUUAAAAUCACACUUCAUAAUAUCCCAGAUUUAGAAUCUCUUUUGAGAUUCAGACUUCUUGACUAGACGUCCAGUUCAAGUGACCAGUUAAAUUUAGGCAGUGCAUACACUCUGACAAUACCAGAUUCACAGGUCUCCCCCUCACAGACUCAUAAUGUGUGGCUUCAUCCUCCAUUUCACUUUCAGUUUUGAUUGACAGGGUGGUUAUAGAAUUGUCAGACUUACUCUGUUUGGGAUUUGCAUCUGCAGAAAUUUGGAGCUUUUGAGACUAAUUUGAACAGAAAAGGGAUAGAAUAAGUAUUAGGUCGCUCUUGAGAAAACCUGAUUUAUUUUUUAUAAUUUUACAUAAGUCUCAUUGCAGGGGCACCUUUCUUAGGUGUUUUUCCCUAAAAUAAUCUAGGAUAGAGGAGGACUUAGUAAGUCUUUAUACCUCCCCCAUGAUGUGUUGAUAAGCUCCUUCAUCUCUGCGAGCGGGUCACUGAAUAGUAAGGGACAGUGGUCCUGCGGACGCGGCUGCACUGAGCAGACCGACGGCUCACACCACAGGGGUAGACACUCAUCAUUCUCCUUCCAUGUGCUGCCACUCACGGUGCAAUUCACCCUCAGAUUUUGCUGUUAUUUUUUAUUAAGUUGUUAUUUUUCAUCGGUUACUUUAAAAUAUCCCAUCAUUUCCAGGCAGUUGUAAAAGUAAACCUCAUUUGAGAUACCUUUUAAUAUUACAUACCGAUUACAUGUGACAUAAAAACUACCAAAUGUAUUUUCUAAAUAAGAGAAACCAAGGGAUUUUUCAAUACAAGAGAUGCCAAGUUGUCAGUCUUCAAAGCCUUUGUUCUUCAUCAUUCUGGCCCCGUCUGCGACUCCAGGAGCACUGGGGAGGCGGGUUCAAGAGGAACCUGGUCAAACUGGUUUUGCUUAGUUCUGGUUACACCACCUGUGGCUGGAGAAGAGUUUGUAGUUAAUCUAAUGUACAUUUUUGUCAUCGCCUUGUGGACUUUAAUUAUACAUCUUGUCUGACCUUGUUCUCCAUCAUCCUAGAUAAUGACAUGUUCAUGGGGCAGAGCUCCUCACACACCCCGGGGUGUGCAAAUGUUUGCACUUGGCUCAAGUUGGUAUAUCACGAAUGUGGCACAGUAAAUAAAAAGUUUGUGUACAAAAUAUUAGUUUAUUUCUAUGGGAGUCAUGUUCAGGAUAUAUAAAAUGUAUCUAAUUAAACAAUUAUGAAUCUAUUUUGUGCUCUAGAAAUGUUCUUUUCGGGAAAAGAUGGAAAAAAGUGUCAUUGGAGCUAAGAUUAAAGUGUUUUGUUUUAGGGUUC